ACUAGCUGCCUGUCGUACAGCAUUUGUCCUGUCUAAUUGGGGGCGCUGUUGUUCCGCAGUUCUCUCCGUCGCUGCACCACAGAAGAAGCCGCUCAGUUGCUGCAUGUUUGUGACGAUGGCGGCCUCCUUGAGAGGAAGCUUAGUAACAUUGGUCAAGGCCCUAGGUGGCCCCCGGUGGCAGCAGCUCGCCUCUCGACCACUGAGUGUAUCUGCUGGUCUCUGUAGUCCAGAAGCCCCACCAGCCCGGGCUGAUGCUACCUUCAAGGUCACAAUGGUACCAGGAGAUGGUGUCGGACCCGAGCUGAUGACUGCCGUCAAGGAAGUCUUCAAGGCAGGCGAUGUCCCAGUAGAAUUUGAGGAGUUCCACCUGAGUGAAGUACAGAACAUGGCCAGUGAAGACAAACUGGAUCAAGUGUUGACCUCUAUGAAGACCAACAAAGUGGCCAUUAAAGGAAAGAUUCACACACCAAUGGAGUUCAAAGGGGAGCUGGCUUCAUAUGAGAUGAGACUGAGGCGCAAACUGGACCUGUUUGCUAAUGUGGUUCAUGUGAACAGCCUGCAGGGCUACAGCACUCGCCACAACAACCUGGACCUGGUCAUCAUCCGUGAGCAGACUGAGGGGGAGUACAGCUCACUGGAGCACGAGAGUGUGACAGGUGUGAUCGAAUGUUUGAAGAUCAUCACCAGAGAGAAAUCACGGCGUAUUGCCAAAUUCGCCUUUGAUUAUGCCACUAAGAAGGGGAGGAACAAGGUCACUGCUGUCCACAAAGCCAACAUCAUGAAAUUAGGUGAUGGCCUGUUUCUGCAGAGCUGUGCAGAGGUGGCACAGCUGUAUCCCAAAAUCAAAUAUGAGAACAUAAUCAUUGAUAACUGUUGCAUGCAGCUGGUCCAAAACCCAUACCAGUUUGACGUGCUGGUGAUGCCCAACCUGUACGGUAAUAUCAUUGAUAACCUGGCAGCAGGGCUGGUUGGAGGUGCAGGAGUUGUUCCUGGAGAAAGCUACAGUGCAGAGUAUGCUGUUUUUGAGACCGGUGCACGCCACCCUUUUGCACAAGCUGUAGGAAGGAACAUUGCCAACCCCACAGCCAUGCUGCUCAGUGCUGCCAACAUGCUCAGGCACCUCAACCUUGAAUACCACUCCCACAUGGUCACAGAUGCCGUCAAGAGGGUCAUUAAACAGGGCAAGGUACGGACACGAGACCUUGGCGGUUACUCUACCACUGGCGACUUUGUGCAUGCUGUUGUGGAAAACCUGCGUCACCGACCGGUUUACUAAGAUGUUACGUCACGCCCCUCAUUGACAUUUCCCUAAAUCUGGAUAUUGUUCUUAACAUGAACUGGAUGCAUGUUAAGACUCAACUCUCCCUCACAGCCAAAUGACAGCAGGGCCACACAUUUCUGACAUCAGAUGCAUCCUAAUAUUUAUGGUUUAUACUGGGUUUGUUGAUAGAUCUAGUGGAAUCAACAGUGACUUGUGUUGUUAUUGGGGGAAUAAUGUAAUAUUUAUGAGGUUUCCUCUCAAACAUUUCCAUCAUUCAGCCUGGUCUCCUGUUUCGUCCCUCCAUGGACACCAGUCUAUCCUCAGUUACAGUCAAUCCCUUUGCAUCUCUUUACUUUAUGAGUUUUUAUUUAGCUGAUAAAGAUCAUCUCACUAAUUUUAGGAGAACCUUUUCCACCUCUUUUCAUGUGUUUCUGCUUUUUGCUAAAUUAUCUAAAGGUUUAGGAUAUGUUAGCUGUCUAAACUGCCUCAUUGAUAUCACGCAUCAUUGCGAACUGUUUAAGGAAAUAGUCUAUCUUAUUAAACAUCAACUAAUCUACUUUUGCCUCACAGCUGAAUGUAACUGUAACUCAUUUUACAGUAUAACACUGCCACAUUGUGACCCACUAAUACCAUAACUUUUCUGACCAAGAAAUGUCCUAUUAUUUUUAAUAAAAGUCCACCAUUGCAGCGUUUAUCUGCAUCUUGGUGCUGUGAAUUACUGUACAGUUUCAUAAUGCAAAAUCCAUGUUCCUACCAUUGACUAUGAUACAGCUAUCUGGUGCUAUACCAUUAUAAAAUGUAUAAUAUUCCUACAGUUUCUUAAUGUCCACAGAAACUUCCCAGGGUAAUAUUCAGUGUCCACAAAUGUAGUCCUCUAUUCUUUGUCAGUGGAGCAUUAAUUACCAUUUACAUCAGGUUGAGUUAUGAAUUGAAUUAUUGUACUGAACAAGUUAAAGUCAUCACAGUAUUCACAGUUGUAAUGAUGAUGUUGGAACUUGUAACACUGCUCUAUCACUCCAUCUAUAAUUUUUUUUUCCUUUUAAAUUUUGUGUCAAUUUAAAAUUACCUCACAUGUGGUAACUUGUUCUCCAAAAAUAAUAAAGAACCAAAUAAAGUAAUAUAUCUGUAACUGUA